GGAGCAGCCUCCCCUAAGGUGGGUGCUUUUGUUCCGCCUUCGGCUCGGAGGAAACAAAAAAAUCAGUUUGCCGCAAAGUGAUUGGCGGUGCGCUGGGAUUGGAAUGCGUCUAAAUUGUCACCGGGUUCCCUUGAGCCGGCAAGCCUGUCCUCAUCCCCCGUAGACCGACUUAACCCCCCCUGCCCGGGGGCUGUUGCACUGUGAUAACCGGAGCGCGACACUUCUUCCAGGUCAGCAUGGCAGCAGGUGUGGCGGCGUGGCUCCCCUUCGCCCGCGCGGCGGCCAUCGGCUGGAUGCCCGUGGCCAGCACCCCCAUGCCCGUCCCGCCGCAGGACAAGCGCAAAGCCCAGGACGGUCUCAUCAUCCUCAACGUGAGCGGCACCCGGUUCCAGACGUGGCGGACCACGCUGGAGCGCUACCCGGACACGCUGCUGGGGAGCACCGAGAAGGACUUCUUCUUCCACGAGGAGAGCAACGAGUACUUUUUCGACCGCGACCCGGACAUCUUCCGGAACGUCCUGAAUUUCUACCGCACCGGGAAACUACACUACCCGCGCCAAGAGUGCAUCUCGGCCUACGACGAGGAGCUGGCCUUUUUCGGGAUCAUCCCGGAGAUCAUCGGGGACUGCUGCUACGAGGAGUACAAGGACCGGCGGCGCGAGAACGCCGAGCGGCUCCAGGACGACGAGGAGAUGGACAUGACCAACGAGGCGACGCCGGUCGACCUGACGCCGCGGGAGUACCUGUGGCGCGCCUUCGAGAACCCGCACACCAGCACCCUGGCGCUGGUCUUCUACUACGUCACCGGCUUCUUCAUCGCCAUCUCCGUCAUGGCCAACGUGGUGGAGACGGUGCCGUGCGGGAUGCUGCCCAACAGGUCCAAGGAGGUCUCCUGCGGGGACCGCUACGCGCUGGCCUUCUUCUGCUUGGACACGGCGUGCGUCAUGAUCUUCACGGUCGAGUACCUCCUGCGCCUCGUCGCGGCGCCCAGCAGGUACAAGUUCAUGAAGAGCGUCAUGUCGGUCAUCGACGUGGUGGCCAUCAUGCCUUACUACAUCGGCCUGGUCAUGACCGACAACGACCAGGUGAGCGGCGCCUUCGUCACGCUGCGCGUCUUCCGGGUCUUCCGGAUUUUCAAGUUCUCCCGGCACUCGGCGGGCCUGCGCAUCCUGGGCUACACGCUCAAGAGCUGCGCGUCCGAGCUGGGAUUCCUGCUCUUCUCGCUCACCAUGGCCAUCAUCAUCUUCGCCACCGUCAUGUUCUACGCGGAGAAGGGCUCCACGGCCAGCAAGUUCACCAGCAUCCCGGCAGCCUUUUGGUACACCAUCGUCACCAUGACAACGCUGGGGUACGGCGACAUGGUGCCAAAGACCAUCGUGGGGAAAGUGUUCGGCUCCAUAUGUUCCCUGAGCGGGGUACUGGUCAUCGCCUUGCCGGUUCCCGUCAUCGUGUCAAACUUCAGCCGCAUUUACCACCAAAGCCAGAGGGCGGAGAAGCGACGAGCCCAGAGGGCCUCCAAGGUGGCAGGACAAGCCCUGGUGGGGAAGACCUCCAGCCCUCCGUUUGAGAGCCAGCAUCAUCAUCUACUGCACUGCCUGGAGAAGACCACGAAUCAUGAGUUUGUGGACGAGCAGACCUUCCAGGCCAACUGCAUGGAGAUCUCGGUGAUGAAAAAGUCCAGCUCCCGCAGUUCCUCGCUGUCGUCCUCGCCGCACGGCUUCAGCUCGUGCUGCUCUCGGCGCCACAGGAAGAAGAACAGCUUCAGCCUGCCCAGCACCAACAACCAGGAGCUGAGCACCAUCCAGAUCCGAGAGAGGCCCGUGGCCAACAGUCGCUCCAACCUGAACGCCAAACUGGACGAGACGGUGGCGCUGAAACGCGACCAGGCGUACAUCAGCCCCUCCAUGGUCAGCCUGGCCGCCCCGGUGGUGACCUCGUCGGACGGCGACGGCUCGUCCAGCACCGCCUCGGCGUACUCUCAAAGCAACAUUGUGCGAGUAUCCGCCUUGUAGACGCGGGAAGGGAAGGAGGGUGGGAGGGGGCCUCGCCGAGCAUGAACCCGCCGAAACGUGGAGGGAUUUUUUUUCUUCUUUUUAUCCCAAACGGUGAGCUCAUCUGAUGUCAAACUCUGCAUGUUUUGUUUUUUUUUCAAGAGGGGACGGUGGAGGCCUCCUCCGGGGAGGGGGGAUAGCGACCAGCACAUCUUGUUCCAUGAGGAAAGCACAGCGAGCGGAAGUGUUGGGAGGGAAUCAUCGUUGCCUAAACAUACUGAGAAACACUUUAUUUUUCAAGAUAGUCGUCAAAGUCGGAAAGGAGCGCUUCUUGUUUGUUUUUUUGUCCUGGACGAUGACCAAGCACACACCUUCAUUCCCCACGGACGCCAUUGUUGUUGUGAAUAUUCCGUCCGGUCCGCUUCUGCA